AAUGAAACAACCAAAAAAAAAGUUACAGAAAAUGGCGUAGCUUCGAAGUUGUAGCGUCCUAUGACUUUUUCAAUUAGAUUUUAAGAUUUUUAUGUGCGAGUGAUAUAAAAUUGUGAUUAAACACGAUGGAGACUGCAGGGCACAGCAAUAUGUGUCGGUGUUGUGCUUCCGAAGGUGCGUUCAAAGACAUUAAAAGCACAUAUCAUUGGAUGGGAGAAGAGGAGAUUUACGCCGACAUGUUGAAGGAUUGUUUCGACAUAAACCUAAAUGUAUCGGAGCACGGAGAAGAUGGCGGCAUAUGCGAGGUCUGCAUCACGCAGCUGCGCAACGCGAUCAACUUCAAGAAGCAAGUGCAACACACGGAGGAACAGUUUAAGAAACAUUUGCAGAAUAAGACAUUGUUUAGACCGCAUAUAGUGAAGGUGGAAGUUGCAGCUGAAGAAGACUCAGAAGAGGGUGACAUCAUGGGCUCCGGGGAUGAUGCAUUCUCUGGUGCUGAAUUCGAAGUACCAAUAAAAACGGAGGACGAUGAGCCCAAACCCAAGAAGCGGUCUAAGGCGCCAGCUACAUCGACCCGAUCUAAGAAGUCCAAAUCGGAUGAUGGCGAACCGUCGACCAAACGAAUGGACGAGGACGGGCCCAAACGCAGGAAAAGGAAAAAGAAUUCCGACGAAAGUGCUACCCCAGAGCGCGUAGAACACAGAGUCAACCUAACCGCCAUUCUACAAUACUCCAACGCUAGCCCCUUCCGCGACAAAACCAUUCGCGGCUUCUCCUGCCUUUACUGCGCCAAAGCAUUCCCCGACAUCCAAUCACUCCGCGAACACACCGCCCAACAAUCCGAGAAAGACAAAAUCAACACCAUUAUCGACUAUAAACUCAGUUACAACCCCAUCAAGGUCGAUAUUACAAACCUCCACUGCACAGUCUGCAAUCUAGAAAUGAGAGACCUCAACGAUCUGAAGGAUCAUCUGGUAGCUGUACAUAAUAAGACUAUUUACAAACACAUUAAGGAUAUUAUACUCCCGUUCCGAUUAGAAGAUGGACAUAAUUUUACCUGUGUUAUUUGUUCUGUGGUCCACAUAUCGUUUAAAAACCUCUACCAUCACAUGAGUAGCCAUUAUAGGAAUUACUGCUGUAAGAAAUGCGGGGCUGGCUACAUUACGAUAGCAGCGUUAAGGAAACACGGAAAGACUCACGCACAGGGCAUAUUUCCCUGCGAUUUCUGCGAUAAGUCCUAUACGUCGAUGACGAAGAAACGAAACCACGAGAAGGGUGUUCACACGGGCGGCUGGCUCCGGAACAAAUGUCCGCAUUGUCCAGAAGUUUUCGUCAGUUACUACGACAGAAGUGAACAUUUGGUCAAAGUUCACAAUCAAACGCCUAUAAUAUACCCCUGUAACGCAUGCAAUAAGACUUAUAAGAAGAAAUUUGAAUUGAACAGGCAUAUAAAGCAUCACCAUUUGCAGCAGAGGAGUUACCUAUGCGACAAGUGUAAUGCCAAGUUCUUUUCUAAGAGAGGCCUUUCGGAUCACCUGUCUAGGCAUUCGGGAGGUGUGGUCUGCUCAUGUGACGUGUGUGGCAAAACGUUUUCGAGGACCCGUACUCUAAAAGAACAUCUGAAAAUACACGAAGACGACAAACGGUUUCAAUGUGAGAUUUGUCAUAAGACCUUCAUGCAGAAGUGUAGUUUGAAGAGUCAUGUGAGACUGCAUCAGGAUGACUUGGAUAUAUUUAAGGAGUUUGAUGAUGUUAAGCAUCUGAUAGACAAUAGGGAGCUGACGCUGAAGCAGAUAGCCGCUGAGAGUAAGAUUAAGGCUCAAGCGGAGAAGGCGAAAGAAGAAAGAGAGUUUGAAUAGUGUUUAGCUAACGUUGGCCCUAUGACCGCUACGUCACUCAGACUUGUCUUUAGCCCCAAAUUCCGAAUUUAUAUGAAGGUUAUAUAUAAUUUCUUUAAAGAAAAUGUGAGGAAAGCAGUUUACUUCAUAUAAUUUAGUAUCUAUAGUCACAAAAUUCACAAUGAUGACUAUCGUUUUUGCGCCCACUAGAUGGCGUUGAUGUAGCUUUUGAUCCUCUUUGUCCAAUCACCUGAAUGUUCAAUAGUUUAAUACUAGCAAAUUCUCUAUUGGGCUAGAGACCUUAUUACGCAAUAGGUGAUGCACGUCGAGAAUUCAUACUCAUUAAAACAAAAUAAUGCAACUUUGUGCAAAUGCAGCAUUGAUCGUAUACCCCUAUGGUAGACAGAUGACCUGACAUAUAUCGCAGACAGACGCUGAAUGCAGGUCGCUUCUACCGACCGAUCUGGAAGGGGGAAUCAUUAGGGGAGGCCUAUGUGAGGCAAUGGACAUUUUGUAUCUGAAAACUAUAAUUAAAUUAAACUUAAAAUCAUAAUCUCGAAAAGGCCGGCAACGCACUCGUAACGCCUCUGGCGUUUCGGGUGUCCAUUGCCGGCGCCAACUGCUUACCAUCAGGUGAUCCGUCUGCUCGUUUACCGGCUUAUACCAUAAAAAACUGCAACAUUGUUCUCCUGGGUACAUUUUAAUCUCGUUUAUAAGUGACUGUGGCGGUCAUAAGGCAAAGGACUUUCUAGAAAUAAAGACAUUACCGACGUUACUGUUCUAACAUCGUAUUGUAUAUAAACAAAUUGUGAGUGCAUAUUUUAUAGAACAAUUCUCUUGGUGGAAUUGUGUUUGAGAAUGGUUAUAAUAACUAUACAUGUGUACUGGGUUAUUGAAGAUUUUAAAUACGUCUUCUGGGUGUGAAAGUUUUGGGUGAUUGUAGACUUUUUGUUAGACUUUGAUUGAGUGCUCUUCUGUGUUACUGUAAAGCAAGAGCUUCUGGCCUCAAUUCCUAGGUCAGUUACAUUAGUAUGAGUUUGCUUUACGUUUAAAGUGAUCAAGACGAGCGCGCGUUCGCUCUGAUUGGUUUGUUUAUUCGAUCAGGCCAGGCAAUCAGAGCGCCGAACGCGCUCUCGUUUAGUUUUCGUUCAAAGUAAAGCAAACUCGUACUAAGAGUACUGAUUGGUUGGUUUAUUCCAGCCGGCCAAUCAGAGCGCCGAACGCACUCUCGUUUUGAUUGCUUUAAACGUAAAGAAAACUCAUACAAGGCUUGUGAUACUUAAUGUUUUUAUUGGAUUGAAUAAAUAUUCUGUUUCGAAAUCUUUACUAAAUCCCCAAUCUCAUGUAUAAACUCGAAACUUUUAGAGCGAAAUUUUAGAAUUAAAUAAGUGAAUUAAAUGAUUUUUGAACUUAUAAAGCUUUGAGUACUGGUUGGAAACCAAGAUAAAUAAAUGCUUUUAAGCUUAUCCUGUAAUAAAUUGUCGACUCUACAGCAUACUUUCACACCCUGAAAGCUACUUAAAUUUUUCAAUAACCCUGUAUGUGGUCCGAACAUUUAUAUCCUAAAGACCUGUUUCACGAUAUCUAAUAGAGUUGCUCUUAGCGUAACUGACUCAUUUAGUAUGGGAAAUACGUCAAAAUAUUCGUCAAUUAGAAUACUAGAGACUGCCUCACUCAAAGACAUUUAAUGAUUACUUAAACUAUUCCUUAGUAACUAUUUUGUUCCGAAAACAAUAGGGAUGAUGACGGGGUAUGAACAUUUAAAAAUCUAUAAAAUAUUGGACACGUAUUUUUUUAUUUUGUCAUAUAAGAUAACAAUACUUAGAUAAAACGAAU